AUGCCGGGAACAGGUGAAGAAAAUCAAGUCUGGCUUUCCUACGACAAGACAACGGACAAGUGUACCCCGUUCGUAUAUAAAGGAGAGGGAGGCAAUGAAAACCGUUUCAGAAAUGACAGGGAGUGCAUGGGUAACUGCUCCUUAAGGGGACCGCAACUCUACCCUUCAGACGCAACGGAGACCUGUAAACUGAAGAAGGAGUUUGGGGAUUGCUUUAGCCAUUAUUUACUGUGGUAUUAUGAUGCAGCUCAUAUAAAAUGCAUAUCGUUCUAUUAUUCUGGCUGUGGAGGCAAUGGGAACCGAUUUAGGACUCAACAGGAUUGCAACACCACUUGCAUGGAUGAGGAAGAUGCACCUGAGGAAUUUGAAGCAGACACACCUGCUGGGUUGAUCAUAGGGAUCGUGUUGGGCAUUCUUGGGGCAAUAAUACUUAUUGUAGCAAUUGUCCUGAGAGUGAAAACAUCUAAGACCAAAUCAGGAAAAAAGACGGCAAACGACACAGAUGCACCGCUCCAAGAUGUGGGAAUAGAAAUGAAAUAG